AUGUCAUCAUAUCCAAGGAAUGGCCACUCUCAAAUCAGUCGCAACGCGCAUAGCCGACACAACGCAUCCCUCCAACAGCACCAUGCCGUCCCAACACCAUCCGCCCGCCAGGUAGAUCCCAUCAUCGCCGCUGCACCAUCUCGCGAGUCCGUCGACCAACACGUCGCGUUUCUAGUUCGCAUCGGUAGAAUUAUCCUCCCCGAAGAUCUCGCGAAGAACGCGCUGGCUGGCUGGACCUCCGUGAAGACCGUUGGUACAGAAGCAGAUCAAUUGCGGAGAACCGGGGACAGGAUGCAGCACAGUUCCUUCCUGCAGCGGCGCGACGACAUUCGAAAAGUCCGUGUGAGCGAUGGUCUGGACGGUUGUGGUGGGCACCUCCCGCAAGGACGGCCGAGCCGCGCUGAAGAUCGCGGCGGCCACAUCCGGCGACACGGCCAGAACAACGAGGUCAAAGAGUUGGGUGCAUACGCCGGUAGCGUCGCGCAAGGUGAGUUACACCCCCUGCGAGGUUGGCAGCACCCUCAUCGUCUCGACGCCGAGACGCACAUCCAGUCCGCGCAACAAUUUCUUCUGCACGGUGUAGACGCCGUCGGGGAUGACGUAAUGUGGCUGCUGAUGAAUGAGUCUCUUGUAGGCGAUAAUGUCAGAGGCGGGGAAGCGUCGCAGCUGCGCAUGCGAACAAGUACAGACGCUGGCGAUCAUCAGCAGCAAGUAACUUUCGACAUAGUACAGAGGCAAGUGGAUGCGACGCAGGUAGUGAUCGAAGGACUCAACCUCCGAAUUGCCGAACACCAGUGGACUCACGAAGAAACAGCAGAUAACAAACCAACAGUAGCAGAAUAA